AUGUGUAUCUUCAUCCUACCAUCGCACUGUCCUUUCAACACAGGUCUAUCACCAAAAGACGCGCUGACUCUGACCGAUGUCAACCUCGCGUUUCAGCAGCACAACCAGAACGAGGCGGCCUUUGUCAAACACAUCUCCGACCUGCUCACAGAUCCUAAACGCACGUACAUUGGCCGAUGCUUCAACUGGGAUGAAGAAGCGAACUCGAACCCAUUCUUCUGCACAAAUCCAGCGCUUGGUGGCAUGCAAAACGAGCUAGCGGCCACGGAAGACUGCGAGGAGUGUACGACUAUCGCUCGACACUGGCAUCGCACAGAACUUCUUCGACUCUGGCGCCUAGCAAGACAGGAGCAUCAGCUGGACUCUCGGAGCAGAUCAUCAAGCGGCGCGAAGAGUGUACGUAUCUCAUCUCUCGACGAGUAUAUCGAGCCUCCUGGUACCGAUGGCGCCUCAGACGACUGCGAUGACGGUACGAUCACGAUCAAUGGCGCUCACAAACACGUGCGGUUCUCGCCACGGCAAGAGGUCAUCUUAGACGAGGUCGGAGAGGCGCCCAGCGUCAAUGAUAAGGCACACGUACGAUUCUCGCCGAAGCAGGUGGUCAUCCUGGACGACAACGAGGUCACAUCGAUCGACGAGAGUUUGGCACAGGAUGGUCACGACCUUAACACACAACCAAAUAUUGCCAUCACCGAUGGAGCAAAGGACAUCUCCAGCCGCAAGGACGCAGGCCACAUUCCCGCAGACCGACAGUCGUCGUCCAAGCACGUCGGUUUCGCCACCAAAGAUGAGGAGAUUACAUUGCCAGAGCUCAAAAGCCAAAGCGUGGAAGAGCUCUUCAGUACCCUCAUCAUAAGCAGCGGCGGUGAGGCAACGCGUACGAUCCAUUGCCCAAGCAGUACAUCUUCUGCGUCGGACACCUCAAAGUCGUCCUCUUCCACAAGCUUGUCUAGCCUCUCUACGGCCGUCGACGGGACUUUUGACAUCACCCCAGCCAAUCUGACUGGUCUCAUCGAGCGACCACUGCCGAAACCAUUGCAGCCUGGCUCGGAAUAUGCAGAGGUCAUCGACAAGUACAACCAGUUGGCGCAUGAUAUGCUCGGUCGUUGCAACAACACAUCCGCUAUUCAUGAGCAACGUUGUGCGUGCAUGAAGGGUCAGGUUGUGGAUAAGCGAUGUGGUAUCACGCGGGACAAGGACAACGUACUGGCAAACUAG